AUGUUCCCGUCCCGGCCGCCGGUGAAGCUCUCCGAUGCCCUCAACAUUAGCUUCUCCCCAGUUUCGCAAUUACGCCAAUCUUUCGGAUCAAAAUUUAUACAACGCAGCGCGGUUAGACGCGGUGGUGGGCACUUUGUCGAUUCCUUCGCCUUCGCCAAUUCAGCCCGCAAGCCGCCUUGCACUAUUGAGCAUCUCUGGCAGUAUCUCAGCAUUUCACGUACUCCGUCGCAUCGCAUAUUCAAAAUGGCAGCCCGCAUCCCCAUGAGCCAGGUCCCGGCCAUGUUCGCUCGCCGACAGCCCCGAGUGCACCAAAUCGCCAGGCGUCUCCAAUCCUCCUCCGCUCCUCAAUUCCAGAACCCCGCCUAUCCGCUCUACCCUUCGGUUCAACAGCUCCUGCACGAGAAGCAUGUCCCUGAAUCAGAAGUGUCCAAGAUCCCUGCCUCCGGCCCCAAGGGCCGUUUACUGAAGGGAGAUGUGCUCGCAUAUCUGGGCCAAAUUAGCUCAGAUUACCCGGCCACCCAGGCCGCAACCCUCGCCAAGCUCGCACACCUAGACUUGAGCAACAUCAAGAUCGCAGCUCCCCCUGCACCCAAGCCCGCUGCGCCGGUCGUAGAGGAGGUCAUCGCUAAGCCGACUCCUCUAGUAUCCGUUGCUAUCUCAGUCUCAUUGGCUGCCGUAUUGUCUGCACAGAAGAAGCUCCAGGAUAGCCUGAACGUGACAGUGCCAUUGUCCCGCUUCCUUGCUGUGGCAACGGACCUGGCUAAUGACGACCUCCCGCGUUCCAAGAAUGAUAAGCCAUCUGCUGACGAGCUCUUCGAUGAGCUACUCGGCGCAGAGCCCAUCCAAUCUUCCCGUGGCGACUUUAUCCCCGAAUUGAAUGUUUUCGAUACUGUCCAGAGUGCCCGCCAGCCGGCCCCUGUGAAGGAAGAUCUCAUUGACUUCCUUAGCGCCAAGCCUGGCAAGCGCGCUACUGCCCCGGCACCUGUUGCCGAGGAUGUCGGUGUUGCCUUGAACACCUUUAGUCUGACUGUCCCCGUUGGCGAGGAAGUGCGCGCGCAGGAGUUUCUGGAGCGCAUUAAGACUCUCCUCCAAGUUGAGCCUGCGCGAUUGGUGCUGUGA